CUUUAACUUUUUACCUAUUUAUUUUUCUUUUUUCAGCACAUAAAUGCGCAUCAUGCUUAUGAAUCUCAGAUCUCAUCAAUGGCAAAAGCUAUAUCUACAUUAGAAGAACAUCUGAGACAACAAGAAGAUGAGAAAGCAUCAACAUUAAGUGAUUUGUCAUCUCUUAGAGAACUAUGCAUUAAGCUUGACUCAGGCAAAGAUAUUAUGACUCAACAGUUGAAUGCCAAAAGCCUUGAGUUGGAGAGGGUUAUAGCAGAAUUAGAAAAUGUAAAAUCAGAAUCAGACCUGUUAAAAAAACAACUCUUAAGUGAGAGACAUACAAUUAAAAACCUUGAAUCAUUGUUGGCUACAAAUAGAGAUAAAGAAUUUCAGUCUCAUUUAACCUCCCACGAGAAGGAUACAGAAAUUCAGCUACUUAAAGAGAAGCUAACCCUUUCAGAAAGCAAAUUAACUAGCCAAAGCCGGGAAAAUACCAUGCUUCGGGCUAAAGUGGCACAAUUCCAACUGAUCUUGAUAGUCUCAAGAGGCAGAUUUCAACUGAAAGAUACGAACGAAUUGAUUGACCUGAAUGAGUGUCGCAUUGUCUGGGAGACUCCCAUGUACUUUGAGCAGGAUUAG